AUGGAGACCCCACCCCCUCCUCCGCUGCCCCUCCCCCCUCCCGGGGGUCCCCUCGCCCCUCCCCCCCCGCCCCGGGUGGCUCAGUACGAGCCGGUGGCCGAGCCGGGUGUGGGCGCGCACGGCACCGCGUUCAAGGCUCGGCACCGGCUCAGCGGGCGCUGCGUGGCGCUGAAAAACCUGCGGGUACCCACGGCGGGGGGCCGGGCUGGCCCGGGAUGGCAGAGGAGGGAGGGGGGUGUGUCCCGUGGGCUCUGUCACACCCCGUGUCCCCGUGUCCCUGUCCCCAGGCUGAUGGAUGUCUGUGCCAGCGCCCGCUCCCCGCACGAAGCCAAGGUCACGCUGGUGUUCGAGCACGUGGAGCAGGAGCUGAAAACCUUCCUGGAGAAAGCUCCAGCCCCGGGGCUGCCCCCGACACCAUCAAGGCGGGACCUGAUGAGGCAGUUCCUGCGUGCCCUGGAUUUCCUGCACUCCCAGCACAUCAUCCACCGCCACCUGAAACCCCAGAACGUGCUGGGACAGCUCAAGGUGGCCGAGUUUGGGAGGGCCAGGAGCCACGGCUGCCACGUGGCCCUGACACCUGUGGUGGUGACACUGUGGUACAGAGCCCCCGAGGUGCUGCUCCAGGCUGCCCACGCCUCCCCUGGGGACAUGUGGAGCGUGGGCAUCUUCAUGGAGAUGUUCCACAGGAAGCCGCUGUUCUGUGGCACCUCGGAGCCCGAUCAGCUGGGCAAGAUCUUCGAGCUGAUCGGGCUCCCCCAGGAGGACAAGUGGCCGCAGGACGUGGCCCUGCCCAGGGACACCUUCACCCCCUGCGACCGGGGGGAGGUCCCAGAGCUGCUUCUGGCACUUUUGACCUUCAGCCCCCACAAGCGAAUUUCGGCUCACGAGGCCCUGGGGCACCGGUACCUGCAGGGGGGGCGUGAGGGGUGA